AUGGCCAACAGCUUCUCUCAGUAUCUGCCCGAUGCGCGUCGCAUACGAAGCUUCUUCUCCCGCCUACCGCUUGCGACUCGCGGAUUGCUAGCCAUCAUCACCGCGCUGUACAUUACACAUUGGUUUUUCCCGGGUAUUAUCCAAUGGGGAGCCUUAACACCCGCAGAGAUCAACUUUAGAACAUGUAUGAGGGGGACCAAGCAAAAUGGAGGGAAGGAAUAUGAAUAGCUGAUGUUUCCGCAGUGUACCGCCUAAACACCUACCCUCUCCUCCAUCGAGACAUCUUCCACUAUCUCCUCAGUUCCGUUGCCCUCCUGCCGCUUCUGGAACGCUUCGAGUCCGAACAUGGCACCGUCGUGACAUUCAUCCUCUUCACUGGACCCUUUGGACUUCUCCCAGGCGGAAUGUAUACCAUCCUCGAACGUUUCAUCUUCCGCUUGAACGGAGCAGCAGUAGGCUCCAGCGUAUGGGUCUUCCUACUCCUCUGCAACGAAGCCAUGAAGACAUACAGACAGAACCCAUACUUUCAGCUCGGCGACUACAAGAUCCCGACCUGGACAACACCUCUCUUCCUCAUUCUUGUCAUUAACUUCUUGGUACCGCAUACGAGCUUGCUGGGACACCUCUGUGGUGCUGCUGUGGGAUAUCUUUGGGGAUUGGGGUAUAUCAAGUUUUUGGCACCGCAUGAUAAGAUACUGAGGUGGAUCGAGGGCAAGCUGAAUCUGUUGGGGAGGUUGCCGCACUACGUAAGUGUGGAUCAGAAGACAUAUGGCAGGUAUGGAGUGCUUCCAAGUACGAGGAAUGGGGGCGUUGGACCGGGAAUAGGGACGUUAGGUGCGGCGAACGGAGUUGCGGUUGGACCUAUUGGCAGCACGCAAAGACUUGGACCUUGA